AUUACGCGAUACAACUCUGUCGUUUUGUGUUAAAGCCAAUCGGACUUUGGCCAAUGGUUUACAAAGACGUAUCGAGUACAGAAAAAAUCCUUUCUGCUGUAUUAGCAAUCACGUGUUUCUUUACAAUUUGUUUCGUUCUACUACCGGCCGGUUUUUACACGCUAUUUUACGAGCACGACAUAAAUGCCAAACUGAAGCUUUUUGGCCCAGUUGGCUUUUGUUUAACCUCAACCAUUAAGUACUGCUAUCUUGGAUUGAAAGGCAAGGCCAUUGGACAUUGCAUUGCGCACGUCGAAAACGAUUGGAAGCUGGUGCGCGAUCGGAAUCAUCGAACGAUCAUGAUUGAAUAUGCUAUGCUCGGUCGUAAUCUCACUGUUCUUUGCGCCCUUUUUCUUUUCAGCGGUGGCAUGUCUUAUCAUACCGUCAUGACGCUCUCCUCGAGCAAGAAGAUCAAUGAAACUCUCACAAUAAGAGUGCUUACCUAUCCAGGAUACAACAGAUAUUUCGACGUACAGGCUAGUCCAACUUACGAGAUUAUCUUCUUCCUUCAUUGCUUGUGCGCCAUGGUCAUGUACAGCAUAACAACGGCUGCCUGUAGUUUGGCAGCUACUUUUGUUACACAUGCUUGCGGCCAAGUACAGAUAAUCAUGACAAGGCUGAGCGAUCUCGUCGAAGGUAAGGACAGCAAUAACAUUGAACUAAACGAUCGUCUGGUCAUCAUUGUUCGAGAUCACGUCAAAACCUUAAGAUUUUCCGUACAAGUUGAAAAAGUGCUGCGUGAAGUAUGCUUACUGGAAUUGGUAGCAUCCACAUUGAUCAUAUGCUUGCUCGAGUAUUACUGUAUGACGGAAUGGGAAAAUAACGAUCCGAUUGCAACUUUGACGUACUUCAUCUUGUUAAUUUCUUUCACUUUUAAUAUAUUUAUAUUUUGCUAUAUCGGUGAAUUGUUAGUUGAUCAGUGCAAAAAAGUCGGAGCUGCAUCAUAUAACGUCGAGUGGUAUUAUCUACCAAAAAAUAUUGGCCUCGGCCUAAUCUUAUUGAUAGCAAUCUCGAAUUAUCCACCAAAGAUUACUGCUGGAAAAUUAUUUGAGUUAUCUCUUUUUACAUUUGGUAGCGUGCUUAAGACGUCCCUCAUUUAUCUUAACUUAAUUCGGACGAUUACAGAUUUUAGCGCAGAACUUCCUGCCACGAGGAUGCAUCAUUCGUCAGAUUUUUUCAAUUCCGUAGACUCUCUGAAACGUCGUGAGAAAGAUAUCGAAUAUGCAAUCAAAUAUAGUCGUUUCGUACUUAGAUCGAUCGGUAUUUGGCCGGAUAGAGAAAAUAAAAUACGCCAAUAUCUUUCAAAUCUCGCAAUCUUGACGGGUAAUCUUAUAUUAAGCUUCGCAAUAAUACCUUGCGCUCUGCAUAUAGUUUACGAGGAAAAAGAUACAAAUUCGAAGCUAAAACUUUUCGGUCUUCUAAGUUUUUGUAUCUGUGUGAUGAUCAAAUAUUUCGCUCUUUCUAUACGUCGAUCAAACAUCGUUCGAUGCAUCGAAUGGUUGAAAACUGAUUGGUAUCAGGUAAAGCAUCAAUCACACCGCAAACUAAUGCUAAAGUAUGCAAAGACCGGAAGAAAUCUUACCAUGAUGUGUGCAAUGUUCAUGUACACAGGCGGUAUGAUUUAUCACACGAUCUUACCUUUUUCUGGUCCACGUAUUAUGGAUGUAUCGAAUCGUACAUUGAAACCGUUGGUUUAUCCGAGCUACAGUGUCCUUUACGACGUACAGAAGAGUCCCAUUUAUGAAUUCGUUUAUCUCACUCAUUGUUUGUGCGGAUACGUGAUAUAUUCCGUAACGACCGGUGCUUGUAGCCUAGCAGCAAUCUUCGCGAUGCAUAUUUGCGGACAAAUCGAAAUUAUAGCGUCGUUGAUAGAUGAUCUUGUUGACGGACAAAAAUACAAUGAUACAAGAACUUGUGCCGGUCAACGAUUAGCUACCAUUGUGAAACAUCAUUUAUAUGUAAUACGAUUUGUCACUGCUUUAGAAGAUCUCCUGCAAGAAGUUUGUUUGAUAGAAUUCACGGGUUCAACUUUCCUGAUAUGCUUACUCGAAUAUUAUUGCAUCACGGAUUGGGAAGAAAAUAAUAGGAUUGGUGUAUUUACAUAUAGCAUAUUACUGACUUCUAUGACUUUUAAUAUGUUUAUAUUAUGCUAUAUUGGAGAAUCUUUAACAAACAAGACAAAUAAAGUUGGUGAACGAUGUUGUACGAUCGAAUGGUAUCGUUUACCAUCGAAAGUAGCAGCAGGAUUGAUCUUAAUCAUCGCUGUAUCGAAUAAUUCAGUUAAAAUCACUGCUGGAAAAAUGGUCGACUUGUCUUUGCUUACCUUCAGCAACGUAAGAAUUUUAUAAUUAAUUGUGAAAUUAUAUUGAAUUAAACCCUUUAAUUA